GCCUCUCAUCUGAAGUAGUAUAACCUUUCUUAGAAUGCCAUCUGUCAUUUGCAGCAAGUAAGCGUGCAACGGGAUCUUCUGUACUUGCUAGUUGAAGCCUCAGAAAGAUGAAGUGGUACAUCACUGCAGUGUUCACACUGCUUUGUAGCCAGGUGACCUUUUGUAAUGCUGAUGAGCUAAAAGAAAACACAGUUCUUUCAGCCUUUACAUCGAAUGAAAUUGAUGUGUUAGAUGCAGUUGUAUGUCCUGGUGGUGUCAGACAGUGUCCUUCUGGCCACUCCUGUUGUUCGGUUCCAGGCAAUGAUGAGGUUCACUGCUGCCCUGUUGGUUACUCUUGUGAAAGUGGUGUGUGUCAAGAAACCAGGAAAGACAACAUUGCUGCUCUGUUUCCUUCUGUGGGGGCCAAAAUUGUAAAGUGCGACAACCAGUAUGCUUGCCCAGACAGGUAUAGAUUGAUAUACUUUCAGAAUUCUAUGCACUGUUGUCCCAAUGGAUAUACUUGUCACCUUUCAGCAGGAACCUGUACGCAAGGAAGCAGCAGUAUAGCUAUGUUUCAGAAAAAGCCAGCAAAGAAAAGAGAAAGUGCUGCAAGUAACAUUGUUUGUCCUGAUGGCGAGUCCGAGUGUCCAGAUGAUACCACUUGCUGUAAACUUUCUUCAGGUCAGUACGGUUGUUGUCCUCUUCCAAAGGCUGUUUGCUGCAGCGAUGGAGAGCACUGCUGUCCUAAUGGAUAUACAUGUGACAUUUCUGCUGGAACCUGCUCCAAAGGAACCACUACUUUAAUUUUGUUGCAGAAGUUGCCAGCUGUUCAAAGAAAGAGUGAUGCAAAUAGUGUUGUUUGUCCUGAUGGUGAGUCCCAGUGCCCAGAUGGAAACACUUGCUGUAAACUUUUUUCAGGUCAAUAUGGUUGUUGUCCUCUUCCAAAGGCCGUUUGCUGCAGCGAUGGAAAGCACUGCUGUCCCGAUGGAUAUACUUGUGAUGUGUCAGCUGGAACCUGUACACAAGGAAGCAGCAGUAUAGCUAUGUUCCAGAAAAAGCCAGCAAUGAAAAGAGAAAGUGCUGAAAGUAACAUUGUUUGUCCUGAUGGUGAGUCCGAGUGUCCAGAUGAUACCACUUGCUGUAAACUUUCUUCUGGUCAGUACGGUUGUUGUCCUCUUCCAAAGGCGGUUUGCUGCAGCGAUGGAGAGCACUGUUGUCCUAAUGGAUAUACGUGUGACGUUUCCGCUGGAACCUGCUCCAAAGGAACCACUAGUAUAACUUUCUUGCAGAAGUUGCCAGCUGUUCAAAGAAAGAGUGACGCAAAUAGUGUUGUUUGCCCUGAUGGUGAGUCCCAGUGCCCAGAUGGAACCACCUGCUGUAAGCUUUCUACAGGUCAAUAUGGUUGUUGUCCUCUUCCAAAUGCUGUAUGCUGCAGUGAUGGAGAGCACUGCUGUCCUAAUGGAUAUACUUGUGAUGUAUCUGCAGGAUCCUGUACGCAGGGAAGCAGCAGUAUACCUAUGGUGCAGAAACUGCCAGCAUUAAUGAGAGAAAAGAGUGCCAGUAACGUUGUUUGUCCUGAUGGCCAGUCUGAGUGUCCAGAUGGAAACACUUGCUGUAAACUUUCUUCAGGUCAAUACGGUUGUUGUCCUUAUCCAAAUGCUGUUUGCUGCAGCGAUGGAGAGCACUGCUGUCCUAAUGGAUAUACUUGUGAUGUAUCUGCGGGAACCUGUACGCAGGGAAGCAGCAGUAUACCUAUGGUGCAGAAACUGCCAGCAUUAAUGAGAGAAAAGAAUGGUAGUAACGUUGUUUGUCCUGAUGGCCAGUCUGAGUGUCCAGAUGGAAACACUUGCUGUAAACUUUCUUCAGGUCAAUACGGUUGUUGUCCUUAUCCAAAUGCUGUUUGCUGCAGCGAUGGAGAGCACUGCUGUCCUAAUGGAUAUACUUGUGAUGUAUCUGCGGGAACCUGUACGCAGGAAAGCAGCAGUAUGCCUAUGAUGCAGAAACUGCCAGCAUUAAUAAGAGAAAGGAAUGCUAGUAACGUUGUUUGUCCUGGUGGCCAGUCCGAGUGUCCAGAUGGAAACACUUGCUGUAAACUUUCUUCAGGUCAAUACGGUUGUUGUCCAUAUCCAAAUGCUGUUUGCUGCAGCGAUAGAGAGCACUGCUGUCCUUCUGGAUAUACAUGUGACGUAUCUGCUGGAACCUGUACGCAAGGAAGCAGCAGUAUAGAAAUGUUUCAGAAAAUGCCAGCAAUGAAAAGAGAAAGUGCUGCAAGUUACGUUGUUUGUCCUGAUGGCGAGUCUGAGUGUCCAGAUGGUACCACUUGCUGUAAACUUUCUACAGGUCAAUAUGGUUGUUGUCCUCUUCCAAAUGCUGUUUGCUGCAGCGAUGGAGUGCACUGCUGUCCUAAUGGAUAUACUUGUGAUGUAUCUGCGGGAACCUGUACGCAGGGAAGCAGCAGUAUACCUAUGGUGCAGAAACUGGCAGCAUUAAUGAGAGAAAAGAAUGGUAGUAACGUUGUUUGUCCUGAUGGCCAGUCUGAGUGUCCAGAUGGAAACACUUGCUGUAAACUUUCUUCAGGUCAAUACGGUUGUUGUCCUUAUCCAAAUGCUGUAUGCUGCAGCGAUGGAGAGCACUGCUGUCCUAAUGGAUAUACUUGUGACGUGUCUGCUGGAACCUGUACGCAAGGAAGCAGCAGUAUGCCUAUGGUACAGAGACUACCAGCAUUGAAAAGGGAAAAGGAUGCUAGUAACGUUGUUUGUCCUGGUGGCCAGUCUGAGUGUCCGGAUGGAAACACUUGCUGUAGACUUUCGUCAGGUCAAUAUGGUUGUUGUCCUCUUCCAAAUGCUGUUUGCUGCAGCGAUGGAAAGCACUGCUGUCCCAAUGGAUAUACUUGUGAUGUAUCUGCUGGAACCUGUAAGCAAGGAAGCAGCAGUAUAGCUUCACUACAGAUGCAUGCAGCGUUACAGGCAGUUACUUACAUAAAGGCAGUAGAUGGCGUCUUAUGCCCUGAUAAAAAAUAUCAGUGUCCUAAUGGGAGUACCUGCUGUAGAGUUCCCUCUGGAACUUACGGUUGCUGCCCGAUAAAGAAUGCUGUUUGUUGCAGUGACCAUAUCCACUGCUGCCCCAACGGGUACACAUGUGACGUCGAAGGAGGUAAAUGUAUUAAAAACGCUGAACACAUAAAGAUGAUUGCCAAUGUUCCGUCUUCCAGAUCAUCAGUGGACACUGAACAGAAGUACAUUAAGUGCCCUGAUGGAUGUUCGUGUUUAGAUUACGAGACCUGCUGUGUGCUGUCUGAUGGACGUUUUGGCUGUUGUCCUUUACCACAUGCAGUUUGCUGUGAAGAUCACGAACAUUGCUGUCCCUCAGGAUAUAGGUGUGACUUGGCUGCCGAGAUGUGUGUUACUGGUAAUGUCCGCCUCCCAAUGCUGCAAAAGAUCCGUUCGCCUAGAAAACAAAAGACUCCAAGAGUUAAUUUAGAGGAGAAGAUCCGCUUUGUUCCCUCGCGUGUCCAAGAUGAAGACCCUGUGGCAGAGGACCUUUUGCUGUGAAAAGAACUUCUUCGAAGCCCACUAUCUUUCCGCUUAGUCCAACAAAUGCUUAGCUUUCUUUGAUUGAAUGUUCUCUCGUUUUUAAUUUCUUGAUUAUACUAAAGGUUAAAAAGAAAUUAGUAACUUGGUCUUGGUAGACUAUCUUUUACUCGUUAUUACGUCUUCAUUAGAAUCAUGUCUUGCUUUUAGCCGUUUUAUUGACAGACUUUAUAUUAACUCUGUAUUCCCCAGAAGUGAUUAAAAUGUAACUUCUCCGUAUAAUAUCCACACAAUAUCCAGCGAACAGGUAAUGAGAAUACUCGAACUUACCAGGGAGACGUUGGCAUCUUGAUCCAACGCCAAACUCUUGCAAGUUAUUUACAAAGAAAAAUGUGGCAGCUGUAGGAAAGAACUGAUCAGAUCUUGGAGGUUAAAGGGUAAAUAAAACCGAUUUCCAGCUUUCAAAGCUAAUUUAAUUAAACAGUGUUCGAAAACCCAGCCGUUCAAA